ACAACAUAUCCUAUGCCUAUAUUCUAAUAUGUAAUUAGUAUAUGUGGUGUAUACUUCAAUGCUGACGGUAUUACAUGUCAUCGGUAUGGUUUUACAGUCAGUUACAUCAGAGACCUAAAUAAACUUUAGGUCUCUGGUUACAUCGAAAGUGGACAUACCAAUGAAUUUUAACAAUCUGAGAAAUGCUGACAUUUCAUCGUAGAUGUUGAACAAUUCUUUACGACCUUCUGUACUUACAAACUACGUGGUACGUUUUGAACGAAGAUCAUGGCGAAAGGAUGUGUAAGGAGUAACACACUGUUGGUUUUUACCAUAGGCGGGGUCAUGUGUGGUGUGGGGCUUGGUGUUCUAAUACAACAUCUCGGCCCUUCACAGACCACACUCAUGUGGGUCGGUUUGCCAGGCGAGCUGUACAUCCGUUUCCUGAAAAUGCUGAUAGUCCCACUCGUUGUGACAUCUGUUAUAUCAGGUACAUCUUCACUGAAUGCCAACAGCAGUGGUAAGGUAGGGGCCUGUACCGUUGUGUAUUUCCUCCUCACCAAUUUCGUCGGCUGUGUGAUUGGCUGUUUACUCACUGUUUUGGUAACACCAGGAAAUAGUCUUCCUAAGGAUGCCUGUGUGAUGGAGCAGAAAUCUAGCGAGAUAAGUUAUCACGACUUAUUUGCAGACGUCUUUAGAAAUCUUGUUCCAGACAAUCUCUUCCUAUCAACAUUUCAACAGACGCAGACGCGGUAUCAAAUGCAGAAUACAUGUAUCUCUACAAACCAAACCGAAGACAGACAGACGACAAGAAAAAAAACACUUGAACCCGUAGACGGCGCUAACGUUCUUGGAAUACUGACGGUCAGUUUCCUAGUUGGAAUCUGUGCUGGCAAAGUGAAAGAGGAUGUGGAGGUGUUUCGGGCAUUCUUCAAUUCCUCUUUCAAUAUAAUGCUAUAUCUUAUGCGCCUUUUCAUGUGGUGCACACCUCUAGCUCUUUUAAGUCUUCUGGCUAAGAUUGUCUCCAGCACCGACAGUCUGUUAGAAGACCUGACAGCCAUUGGGAUGUACCUCGUGACAGUAACAGUGGGACAAUGCAUUGUCGUCAUGGUGAUCGUACCACUUUUAUGCAUCAUUGUCAUACGUAAAAAUCCUAUGCACUUUUACUAUGCUCUGAGAGAACCACUGAUGCUAUCCAUCGCCACCGCUAGCACAGCUGCAGCUAUUCCGGAUACGGUCUGUAUUCUGGUAACUGGAAUGGGUGUUGACAAACACGUGGCCCAGUUCCUUGUGCCCCUCUCCACCACAAUAGGGCGAUGUGGGACAUCUUUAUACGUUUCGGUAGCCUCCGUCUUUCUGCUUCAAAUGCAGACUUCAGGCACAAAUGCGGAAACUGUAGCUCUUGUUUGUCUGAUGGCUACGUUGUUGUCCACGGCAGCCCCGUCUGUAACGGGAUCCAGUAUGGCGGUCAUCAUACUCAUCCUGUCAAACUUCAGUGUGUCAUCAGACUUGGUCGCUAUACUGUUCUCAACGGACUGGAUCAUAGACCGCAUCCGCACCAUAACAAAUUAUGUUGUACAAGUGCUAGGGAUUCUUAUAACCAACUCGCUAUGUGUUCCGCUCACGUCCAAUGCCGUCCGCCGCAUCUCUGACGUAAGCAGCUUUAAUACCCAUUUGUAAACAGACUUGUCAACGUCAAACAUCGCCUGCCAUACCUCUGAUGUAAGAAAAACCCCGCAUUUUGUCCACAUCGUACCUGAUAUGUCGUACCUGAUGCAAGUGGCUGUAAUACUAAUUCGUUUUGCAACAUCAAACGCUGUCUGCCAUUAUUCUUAUUCAUGAAGCCUCAACUCUAUGUCUAUCUUAUCCACACCUUAUCUUGACCUCUGUACCUCUAACGCCAGUGACUUUCCUCUCUGAUUGCAAGAAAAACCGAGGGUGAGACCCAUGCUGCGCGAUUUGGCAACUGCAAACGCUGUCUGCCAUAAUUCUGAUACAAGAAGACAUAGGCCCCUUAUUCAUGACACCAUUCUCAUGCUCAAGCAUAGACUUUGUGCUCAAGCCUAAUUUCUUGUUCCAGUUAUAAUUUUUUAUUUAUUUUUUAUUUUGUCAAUGAUCUGGAAAAAAAGUUGAAGACACCUGAAGCCAAAUACCGUUUUCAAUGUUUACAUUGGACUACUUGACCGUUUGACAUGAUUAAAGUGAGUAAUGAGAAAGCUGGGUUGAGCACAGAAUCAGUGAUUGAGCACGAGAAGUUUCAUGAAUACGGGCCCUAGUCUCAACUCGAUAUCUAUCAUAUCUCUAACGCCAGCAACUUCGCUGCGAGAUGUCCACGUACACGUCGUCUACUCAACUCCUGAAGCAGAUACAGGGAGAUGCAUCAUCAACUCACAUUGGCAUGCAAUGUCUCCGGGAGUUUCGCAGCAUUCUAUCUAGUGGAGACACUACUGAGGCAUUUACGUGUUUUAUUUAAGGACUGUUGUUACACCUACUUGGACCACAACUUGACACGGAUGUCUCUGGUUUUCAAUUUGAUUUGAAGCGUAAGAUUUAGGUAUUUAUAGAAGUUCGUGAUGUUCAACCUUUUUGAUUUCUACGUAUGCGGAAAAAGAGGCCUAUCGUGUUUGUAUCGCGCUUUAAAACUAAUUACUUUUUUAUAAGAUAAUAGAUAUUGAUACUUUGUUAGUUAGGACUUAAGGAUUCCUGUCCCAUGCAGUUUAAAAUCAACUCAGGAUAUUGAAAUGUUUCAUCAAAGUUGAUACAAUGGUGAUCAGGGCAACUGAGAUUCUUAUUGAUCAAAUAAUCACUUCGUAAAAAAAUGUCAGAAACAUUUGUACAACGUUUGCUUAAAAUUGAUUUUGCGGAGCAUUUUUCAUACAAAGUGUAGUUACCAUUGGCCGGGUGGAAGGUGAAUGAUGAAUGUAAAAUACACAAGCACCUUUAAAUUUGUGUCAAUUAUGAAUUACUGCACCAUACAGCUGUACAUAGAUAAUUCCUAAAGCAACUUGUCAUGAGAUGAUUAUCUGCGUCAACUGUUUCGGUUGAACAUCCUCUACUACUUAGUAUAUCUGGAUAAAAAGCCAAAAGCUCGCGAGGUUUAUGCGUGCAGGUGUAAUGGGACAAGAGGUACAUUGACGUUAUACUGAGAGUGAGGUUAAGGACACUUUGAACUUAGUCGCUGUAACGUACAUGUGUGCUGAUUCAGUAUCUGUGUCUUGUGCGAUGCCAGACGUAUCCCGUUCAUUAGCUGUCCUUUCUUGUACACUGCCGGACAAGUGCCAUUACCAGCCUGACCUGCCAUAUGUAAAUGGCAAAUAUUUUUUCAGAUACCAAAGCCUGUUUAAAGAACAUGUGGCUAUUGCUGUUCCUUUCGUGAAUUGAAAUUCAAGCAAAUGUCAUUGAAAGCACAUUCGCAAAUCCAUUUUUAGCUCACCGGGUCCGAAGGACCAAGGUGAGCUUAUGCCAUCCCGUGGCGUCCGUCGUCCG